UUGGAGAAUAUUCCUACUACGGUGUCUCGAGUCGGUCAGUUCGCCAUUGUUAGGCGUUUUCAUUAUUUCCCUUUUCCUCAAUGACGAUGGGUGAUAUGAUAUAUGAAGAACUGGAGGAUUUGAUGCAUUUUUCAGUCCACGAUUUACCAGGUCGUGGAUAUGCUGUUAUGGAGGAGAUCAGAAGGCAAGGGAAACUCUGCGAUGUCACCCUGAAGGUUGGAGACCACAAGUUCAGCGCCCACAGGAUUGUUCUGGCUGCCUCCAUCCCUUACUUCCAUGCCAUGUUUACAAAUGACAUGGUAGAGUGCAAGCAAGAUGAGAUUGUAAUGCAAGGGAUGGACCCUAGUGCACUUGAAGCUUUGAUCAAUUUUGCGUAUAAUGGCCAUGUGGCCAUCGACCAGCAGAACGUCCAGUCCCUGCUGAUUGGAGCCAGCUUUUUGCAGCUGCAGAAUGUCAAGGAUGCCUGCUGCUCCUUCCUCCAGGAAAGACUUCACCCUAAGAACUGUCUGGGCGUGCGACAGUUUGCAGAGACCAUGAUGUGCACAACACUGUACGACGCGGCCAACAGUUUUGUCCACCAGCACUUUGUGGAGGUGUCCGUGUCUGAGGAGUUCCUCAGUCUCAGGCCAGAGGAAGUACUGGAGCUGGUGGGUUGUGACGAACUCAACAUCAAAGCGGAGGAGCAGGUGUUUGAAGCAGUUCUGGCGUGGGUGCGGCAUGAACGUGAGGAGCGGGAACCUCGGCUCCCUGAGUUACUCUCCAAGACCCGUCUGCCCCUUUGUCGACCCCAGUUCUUGGCAGACCGCGUUCAACAGGAUGAACUGGUGCGCUUUUGCCACAAAUGCAGGGAUCUUGUUGAUGAAGCGAAGGAUUUCCACCUCAUGCCAGAGCGCCGUCCUCACCUGCCCGCUUUUAAGACUCGACAAAGAUGCUGUACUUCAAUCGCAGGGCUAAUAUAUGCGGUCGGUGGACUAAAUAGUGCAGGUGACUCAUUGACUGUAGUUGAAGUAUUUGACCCAAUUGGAAAUUGCUGGGAACGCUGUCAGCCAAUGAGUACAGCUCGAAGUCGAGUGGGUGUGGCAGUUGUCAAUGGGUUACUUUACGCAAUCGGUGGAUAUGAUGGACAAUCACGGCUAAGCACAGUGGAGGUCUAUAACCCAGAAACGGAUACUUGGACAUGUAUUGCUAGCAUGAACAGUCAACGCAGUGCAAUGGGAACAGUGGUGGUUGACGGACAUAUCUAUGUGUGCGGGGGCUAUGAUGGCAAAUCCUCACUCAACUCAGUAGAGUGCUACUCUCCAGAAGCCAACAGGUGGACAGUAAUGACAGAGAUGAGUGCAAGUCGCAGUGCAGCAGGGGUGACUGUUUUUGAUGGAAGGAUUUUUGUAUCUGGUGGCCAUGACGGUUUACAGAUCUUCAAUACGGUGGAGUACUACAACCAGCACACAGCUCUUUGGCACCCCGUUGCUGGCAUGAUGAACAAGCGCUGUCGCCACGGCGCUGCAGCCCUUGGCAGCCAGCUCUAUGUGGCCGGGGGUUAUGAUGGUUCCGGGUUCCUCAGCGGGGCCGAGGUGUACAGCUCAGUGGCAGACCAAUGGAGCCACCUGGUGGCCAUGAACACACGGCGCAGCAGAGUCUCGCUGGUGGCAAACUGUGGCAGGCUUUACUCCGUGGGUGGCUAUGACGGACAAUCCAACCUGAGCUCUGUAGAGAUGUACGACGCUGAGACCAACCGCUGGACAUUCAUGGCACCCAUGGUGUGCCACGAGGGUGGGGUGGGUGUUGGUUGUAUACCCCUUCAGCCUGCUUGACCCCUACCAUCCCCAAAAGCCCAAAGACUUUUAGAUUUUUGUAAAUUAAUUUUUAAAUCAAUUAACAAGAAAAAGGUAUAAAUGUAUGUUUCUGUAUACCGGGUACCACAGUUCAAACCAUUUGAUUUAUUUAAGUCUGGUUUAGCCAAUUUACCAUUGAAAGGUUUAUAAUGAGAACGUUCAUAGGGCAUUAGUACAUGAGUAAACACAUGUUGGGAUUCAGUUGCGUAGGUUGUAGGGAUACAGAGGCUGGGGUUUUGGGAUGGCCGGAGGUAACUGCCCUGACCAUUAGGCUCUAAGCUCCUAUUUGGGAGGAGCGACAAUAAAUUAACUUGUAGAUUAAGAGAGCGAUGAAUGAAUAGCAGGACAAGUGUGGACUUGUAUCGUAUGAUAUGUGCAUCAGAAUUUACAACCUUAAAGUGAUACUUCAUACCAGAAUCGGUCCCGAAUGUUACUGUCACUGUCAAUGUCUGCACCAUUGUACUGAGGAUUGAGUUGCACUAUCUGAUCUGGAAGCCUUGUCAUGGUUUCAUAAUAUGGUACAGGUUUCACAAUGUUGGUGAAUUUCUUUGUGUUUUGGGAAAAUAUGUAUUAUUUUGAUUGGGAUCAUUUGCUUAUGAAUAUUAUUAUAAAGUAACUGACCACCAUAACUCCUUGCCCUUUGGUUGUGGGAACUGUUUUCCCAACAAGGAUCUUAGCAAAAGGGAACUGAAGAACUGUCUUCCGGUUGAUUGCAUUACGAUGCCACAACACCAAGUUGUGUAGCAACUUGAUAACCCUUCAAAUUGUUUAAACAUAAAUGAACAACGCAUGAGGUGCGUUCAACAGAGGAAAUAGUUUGCUAACAUAUUCCAUUUGUCUUCUGUUAGCUGCGAAAGUUCGCUAACAGUGUGAGAAGGUGGUAGUGUGCUGCGAAUGUGAAAUAUCUGUUUCGAGUCUAAACUGCCACCACCUAGGCUUUCUAUUACAUGUAGUAGGAAUAGGAAAGUCAUUUUCAGUUUGAUUCUCAUUGCUAAACUGUCAUGGUAAUCCUUGCAAACAUUUAGCUUUUUAAUGUUUCACCUUAACUUUCAUUCAAAAUCGUUCAACUGAAAUUGUUACUAAGUAACGUGUUCAUCGCAAACAGAACCCUUGUUGAACGCACCACUGCUCAAAGUGCAAUUUCAUCUUUUAUUAUAAAAUAGUAUGGGAGAACUUAAGUGGCUAAAAAAAAUGACAAAGUGUGCUUUUGAAGAGUGGAGACGAUGCAUAGCGACGAUCUAGCUGCAAAUGUUAUGCUUUAUUACCCCAAAAUAUUGAAUAUGUCAAAAGCAGACUGUCCAGCACAUUUAGGGAGCAUUCCAGUAACAUUCUGAUUUUUAUAUAUAUAUGUUUUGCAUCUGCCACUGGUAACGUUGUGUGGGAGCUUGCCCUUCCCUUGGAACAACAGUGGCAAACCUAUUUUAGGAAUGAGGUAUUGUGUCAUGUAAUUGAAAAAAUGGAUUGUACAGUGAGCUGUAGUAUUGCUUUAUAGACUUGUUUGUCAGACUUUAUCUGCUGCAUUUGUCACGAUUUAAAUAACUUUCAUUUGGGAUUAAUUUACUGUGAACUUUUGACAUGUUGAUGUUUAGCUUAUUUCUGCUGAUGUUCUGGUAAUAUAUUACACACACAUUUUAUAUAUAUAUAUAUUUUUUGGCAUUAUUAUGUUGGCGGUAUUCUUACUGCUCUUCACUUGGUACUGUCCGGUCCCAGGCUACAAAUUGUAUUUAUUAGUGCAUUCUUUUGUUGUUUCUUGAUUCUUAACUUUAUGAUUAGUACUACUAUCACACAUAUGUAAGCUUGAAGGGAUAGUGAUUUUUUUUAAUGACUUCCCUAGGGUGUUCUUUCCUCCAAACUGUUUAUGAAUUCGUUAGCAGUUCAUUUAGCAACGUAUAGAAUAAUCUGACUAGCAUUUUGGGAGAAUGUAGGAUUCUAUCCGUUAGUAGGGCAUUCAAAACCAUUACAAUUGGUGCAAAUUUGAGUUGCAGACAUUUUUAAAAAAUAUAUAUAAACAGGGACAUCCCAUUGAGACCAUGGCCUCUUUAUAAGGGAGCACUGCACACAAUCAUAUGAAUUCCCAAUAUUUACAAUUGCAACGCAAUAAAAACAUACCAAAUGUACAAGUAACUUACAAAACACGAUCAUGGAAAAACAAACACAUUCCUCAGUAAAAAGGUAAAUCAACCAGUUGUCUGAACUGCUCUAGUGGCACCAAAACAUCCAACCUUAGAGAGUUCUGGAGAUCAUUCCACAAGUAAGGUGCCAAUAAACUAAAUGCAGAUCUACCUAACUUAGUGGACACCGAAGGGCUCUCCAGAGUUAGCCAUAUCUGAGACCGGGUCUGGUAGCUCGUACAUCUUUAGGUUACGAUGAAGUAAGGUACGGCAGAUGUUUGUGUAAGACAGCUUUAUAAACACAAAUAUUGCAAUGCGUUGAUCUGAGUAUUCAAAGAGGUUCCAGCUUACCUUCUGAUACAGAAAGCAGUGAUAUGUACGGAACCUGUCACCUGUAAAUAAAGCGCAGUGCGCUAUGAGUAA